UUUUCCAAUGCAGCAGAUUUUCAUCACUUGGGUGGUUCUGGACAUAAAAAUGGCACUGAUACUGAUUUGCACAACUCGCAGGACGAUCUGGUGCUGUUGUUCGCGGAUUUUCCAGUUUUUCCAGUUUUCCUGCAAAACGGAAUUGGAAUGUAUGGGAAAAACACGGACCGAUGUGAUCGUGGUCACUGCAACUUAUCCAUGCUACUGAGGUACUUGAAUUACACGGCUGAACUGGGACUGGGACUGCAUUAUAAAAUGGAGGAAACAUAUUACCGUGGGGCAGUUAUCAAUAACUACUCGGGCACAUUCGCCUACCGAACAGUGGUAUGCAGCAAAUCCGGCUUAAAUUGUGCCAUUGUUUUGCAACUGAACAACCAGCCCGACAGUUCGGUGAGGUUCUCAACGGCGGCGAGCAAGUGGAAGGCCGAGAAGUCAUUUUACUGGUUGGCUGUGCAGCUAUCGCGCAUUCCGGACGCCUCCAGGCCCAUAAUCAUCAAUGUCCAUCGGCUCAGCUUGCGCAGUUACAUAAGGAUAGCGGAUAUGCUUCGGAAAAUGUACUUGAAUUACACGGCUGAGCUGGGACUGGGGUUGCAUUAUAAAAUGGAGGAAACGUAUUACCGUGGGGCAGUUAUCAAUAACUACUCGGGCACAUUCGCCUACCGAACAGUGAUAUGCAGCAAAUCCGGCUUAAAUUGCGCCGUUGUUUUGCAACUGAACAACCAGCCCGACAGUUCGGUGAGGUUCUCAACGGAGGCGAGCAAGUGGAAGGCCGAGAAGUCAUUUUACUGGUUGGCUGUACAACUAUCGCGCAUUUCGGACGCCUCCAGGCCCAUAAUCAUCAAUGUCCAUCGGCUCAGCUUGCGCAGUUACAUAAGGAUAGCGGAUAUGCUUCGGAAAAUGUGA